UUUUCUCCAAACACAAUAUUAUUGCCGAGUUAUCCAUUUCCUCUGUUUCUGGUGGACGACACUUGGGCAUUUCCAGCAGACACCAAUUUCAUGCCAUGUUCACCGUUCGCCAGAUUCCCCAAAAAUGGCCGUUUUCAGAUCACAACAACUCAAAAUCCUCCUCACCUUAUCCCUCAUCAAGAAACCAAACGUAUCUCCCAAGAAUUUCCAGCACUCAGAAUCCAGCCAACAAUCAAACGGCUGAUCAGAACUCUAGCCCAGCAGGCAGAAUCAAACGCCUUGUCCUCUCCCAAGAAGGUAGAACAAAGCUCAACAACUACCCAGACAGGGAAUUCUACGCCUACCCGCGGUUCGUCACUCAUGUGGACAAUAACUUCAUCUCCACAUUAACAAAUCUUUACAGGGAAAUUCUGAGGCCCGAAAUGGAAAUUCUUGAUCUCAUGAGCUCCUGGAUCAGCCAUUUACCUCAACAAGUACAGUACAAGAAAGUGGUGGGACAUGGACUUAACGCGCAGGAGCUCGCGAGAAAUCCCAGGUUGGAUUAUUUCUUCGUGAAGGAUCUCAACAAGGAGCAAGAGCUUCAGAUGGAGAAUGGCAGUUUCGAUGCUGUUUUAUGCACCGUCAGCGUGCAGUAUCUUCAGCAACCUGAAAAGGUGUUUGCUGAGGUUUUCCGUGUGCUAAGACCUGGAGGGGUCUUCAUUGUCAGUUUCAGUAACAGAUUGUUCUAUGAGAAGGCCGUAAGCGCCUGGAGAGACGGCACUGCAUACAGCAGAGUUCAGCUGGUGGUGCAAUACUUCCAAUGCGUGGAGGGUUUCACCCAGCCACAAGUUAUUCGAAGAUUACCGAAUGCUAAAGAGGAUAACUCGAUUUUCAGUCGGAUUUCUGGGCUGUUGGGAUUGUUGUCAGGAUCAGAUCCUUUCUAUGCAGUGAUAGCUUACAAGAACUUCAAACCUAUAUAUGAAUGAAUGAAUAAAAAGCUUUGAUGUUCGUCAAUUUUCA